UUCUCCUGUCCGAAUUCUUCGAUUUUCCUUCCUUUUCUAUUACGCAGGAGCCAAACCGCGCAUACCAGUUAUCCGACGGUUAUAAUUAGGGGAUUAGGGAGGAAGAGAGAGACAUGUUGAAGAGAGAGAUUCAAUCGAAAAAGAAAAAGAAAAAGAAAAAGAGAACAAUUCAAAUUCAAAUUCAAAUUCAAAUAACCCAAAAGUCUUCCAAAUCGUGAUCACUCAGCAGACUCCUUACUCGAAUAUGGGUCACUACUCCAGCGGAAGCUUCUGAGGAAUUUUCCUUCUUCCCAAACAGUGUCAGAUCCACAAAUUCAACAAAUGGCGUUGAUUUGCGUAGAUUUGCCCGAUGAAUGCUGGGAAUUGAUUUUCAAUCGACUCAAUCACCACUCUCACUUCGAAGCCCUAUCUCUGGUGUGCAAGCGAUUCCUCUCCAUCUCAAAUCGGCUUCGGGUCAGCUUAGCAAUCGUCGACCCAACUAUUCUCAUUCACGGUACUAUCUCUAAACUCCUGCACAGAUUCAAACACCUCAAAUCCAUUGAUUUGAGUAAAUACGAUGGCGAUAUCGAUCUCAAUCGUGUGAUUAUUGAGAUUGCUCAGUCUAACUUGAACCUCGAAACCCUAAAUGUCUCGAAACAAAAGUGUCUCCCACUGGAGGGUUUGAAAAGGUUGGGUUCGAACAUGAAGGGCUUGAAGUUCUUGAAUUGUUCAAAUCUUUCGCUUUUACGUGAUGUGGAAUUGAGAGUAAUAGCAUAUUCACUUCCUUGUUUGGAAGAAUUGGAUAUAAGUUAUCCUGUCAAUGACUUUGAUUUCAAUCUUGAAUUGCGUCCUCAUGAUCCGAGUGAAAUCCAUGUGACUGAUAGUGGUUUUGAGGUCUUGUCUCGCAAACUUUCCAACUUGCGCAAAAUCAAUAUUUCUGGGAAUUAUUUCAUCACCAACCGCUCUCUUGUAGCUCUGUCCUCGAGCUGUGUUCUUCUGAGAGAAAUUAAGGCUUUGGACUGCUCAUUCAUAACCCAAGAUGGGAUUCAUUUCGUUAUGAGUCACAGUCCUGAUUUGAGUUCAAUAUCAGUGAGUGGUAUUUGGUCUCGUCUUAGAUCACCAUCUUUUGAAGAUUCACUUAGUUAUCCAACUGCUUUAGGUACUCUUCAUCUCUAUGGUGUGUUUCUUUCAGAUAAAUUUCUCUAUUCAUUAGCAAAAGCUUGUAUUCCAUUAAAGAGUUUCGGGCUCUUUGAUUGCUUGAAUUUUUCAUUGUGUGGGAUCUCAUUGCUUCUGCAUACAUAUCACUCUCUUGAUUACCUAGCUCUUUCGGAAGUUGAUUUUCUCACUGAUCAGGCCAUAAGUGAUUUGUCUCAGUAUCUCCAAAAGCUAAUAACUAUAAAGCUCAACGGAUGUACUAAGCUAACCAGUUCAACCUUCUUCACCCUUGCAAAAAACUGUACUUUACUGACAGAUAUUGAAAUGGAGAGAACAAAUCUCCGGAAAGAAGACUGUAGUAUGGAUUUUGUGAAGAACCCACGAAUCAAGUCAUUGAGUUUCGCAGGGAGUACCCAUCUGAAUGAUGAAUGUCUAAAAAGAAUUGCUUCUGCCUGCCCUGGAUUGGAGCUGCUUGAUUUGAGCUCUUGUUUGGGUAUUGCAGAAGGAGGUCUUGCCGAAAUUUUGAAGAGCUGUUGUGAGAUUAGGCAUCUGCGGAUUGAUGAUUGUGGGGGGAUUAAGAAUAUUGGGACGGGUUCAGAACUCCCCAAAUUGGAGGUUUUGCGAGCUGCAAGGUCCGGAAUCAAUUCCGAAGGGCUGGCAAUGAUUGGGAAGAGAUGUUGUGGGCUCCUGAAUUUGGACUUGGAGGGUUGCUUAGGAGUUACAACAGAAAGGGUUAAGGAAGUGAUUAGAAAUUGCACAAGGUUGAGGGAGAUUAAUUUGAAACACUGUCAGAAUGUGAAUGUCAUUAGUGUAGAUUGGAUGGUGUUUUCCAGACCAUCAUUGAGGAAAAUAAUCCCACCCCCUCGUUCUUUUUGUACUGAAAAGCAGAAGAAACUUUUAUUGUGCCAUGGAUGUCAAGUUUGUGAGCUCUAGCUUUCCAGAGCAACCAGGAGUGCUUCCAUUGUACCUUUGUUUUAUUUUCUUAUGUGUAGUGUUUGUUUUGUGAUAAUAAAGGUGUGGAGAUUGAAACUGCAUUGCAUGUUAAACACACCUAUGAUUAUUAGGUAAGUUAGAGAUUUUAGAACUUAGUCAAUUCAAUGCCAUUGUGUAAGAUGUUUUGUGAUCAUAAUAAGAUUUUGGAUCUUCAUCUUGUUUCA